AUUGUUGGGUCCAAUUGACUAGCAGUGCAAGUGCCAGCGUGAGCGAGCGCUGGAGAAUCAGCUCCUUCCAGAUCCCUGCUCUCCCGCUGUCCGGUGUCUCACUGAGACCUGCUCCUCAGUGGCUGCCCACUGUCCACCGCUCCCCUCCAGCACCGCUGCCCAUUUGAACUCUGUGCCUAACUCACAAGAGUGGUGGCUUCUGUCUGCUUCUGACUACAGGCCUCCCAGAUGUGGCUGGCGCUUAGAGAACCACUGCGCACAGUUCAAGGCACAGUCCGUCAUGGCAGAGAAGUCAAGGCAGCUGGAGUGUGAAGCAGCUGGCGUGGCAUCCAGUCAGGAAACAGGAGCCUGAAUGCUUUGCAGGCCUGUGCUCAGCCCUCUCUCUCCACUUGCAGCAGUGGAGGAUCCCCUGCCCAGGGAACUGUCCUGCUCACGUUAAGAUAGAAGCUCCAGAUGUUAACAAGUGACUCAUCCUUUCGAAGCGGUGUGAUUGCUUUUGGAAACUGCACAUUGAACUUUGAUUUUAUAGCCACACUGGCUAAGAAAAUCGCUGACGGGGCAGGAGAGCUGCUCAGUGGUUUGAAGAACGUGUUGCUCUUACAGAGGACCCGAGUUCUAUUCCCAGCGCAUCAGACGCUCACAACCACCGGUAACUCCAGGCCUGAUUGUUGGUAGUGACAUGGAGGACAGGGCUGGCAUUUCAAGCUGCCAGCUGUUUUUUCCAGUCAUUGCAUAACUUGAAUAGAAGCUAUGCGUACUGGCUGGUCAACAAAGCCAAGGAACAAAAGCUAUGGCAGAUAAAAUUGUCCCUCUGAAUCCAGGGCUUUUCCCCUGGAUUUUAACACCAUGGAUCUCUUCCUUUUUAUCCUAUCAGCAAUAUGGUACCUUUUUCUAUUUGAUGAUGACAGCCAAUACUUAGAAUCUGCCUGACUAGGGUUAGAGACCUUCUGAGUCACAGCUGAGGAAAAUGAAAUUUCCAUUUUAUUUGGUGCCUUGUGCAGGGAGCACACUGACUCUUCCAGAAACUUGUAUGUGAAAAAGAGGCUGAGUUUUUUGUCAAAAGGACUCAUGGUUAUGGCGAGUGAUCCAACGUGAUCAGCGUGGUCAGGAGCCACAGAGAACUCAUGACAGGCUAUACCAUGUUGCGGAAUGGGGGCGUGGGGAAUGGCGGUCAGACCUGUAUGCUGCGCUGGUCCAACCGCAUCCGGCUGACGUGGCUGAGUUUUACGCUCUUCAUCAUCCUGGUCUUCUUUCCCCUCAUUGCUCACUAUUACCUCACCACUCUGGAUGAGGCAGAUGAGGCCGGCAAGCGCAUCUUUGGCCCCCGGGCUGGCAAUGAGCUCUGUGAGGUAAAGCAUGUUCUAGAUCUUUGUCGGAUUCGUGAGUCUGUGAGCGAAGAACUUCUACAGCUAGAAGCUAAGCGGCAGGAGCUGAACAGUGAAAUUGCCAAACUGAACCUCAAGAUUGAAGCCUGUAAGAAGAGCAUAGAAAACGCCAAGCAGGACCUGCUGCAGCUUAAGAACGUCAUUAGCCAGACAGAACACUCUUACAAGGAGCUGAUGGCCCAGAACCAGCCCAAACUGUCUCUGCCCAUCAGACUGCUCCCUGAGAAGGAUGAUGCUGGCCUUCCACCCCCCAAGGUCACCCGGGGUUGCCGGCUGCACAACUGCUUUGAUUACUCUCGUUGUCCUCUGACCUCUGGCUUUCCUGUCUAUGUCUAUGACAGUGACCAGUACGCCUUUGGGAGCUACCUGGACCCUUUGGUCAAGCAAGCUUUUCAGGCCACGGCGAGAGCCAAUGUUUAUGUUACGGAGAACGCAGCCAUCGCCUGCCUGUAUGUGGUGUUAGUGGGAGAAAUGCAAGAGCCUGUCGUGCUGCGGCCUGCUGACCUCGAAAAGCAGCUGUAUUCUCUGCCACACUGGAGGACAGAUGGACACAACCAUGUCCUCAUUAACCUGUCCCGGAAGUCAGACACACAGAAUUUACUGUACAAUGUCAGUACAGGCCGGGCCAUGGUGGCUCAGUCCACCUUCUAUGCUGCCCAGUACAGGCCCGGCUUUGACUUGGUGGUGUCACCGCUUGUCCAUGCCAUGUCUGAACCCAACUUCAUGGAAAUCCCACCACAGGUGCCAGUUAAGCGGAAAUAUCUCUUCACUUUCCAGGGUGAGAAGAUUGAGUCCCUGAGAUCUAGCCUUCAGGAGGCCCGUUCCUUUGAGGAAGAAAUGGAGGGUGACCCUCCAGCCGACUACGAUGACCGGAUCAUUGCCACCCUAAAGGCUGUACAGGACAGCAAGCUCGAUCAGGUGCUGGUGGAAUUUACCUGUAAAAACCAGCCGAAACCCAGUCUGCCUACUGAGUGGGCGCUGUGUGGGGAGCGGGAAGACCGCCUGGAGCUACUGAAGCUUUCCACCUUUGCCCUCAUCAUCACUCCCGGGGACCCGCGCUUGGUUAUUUCUUCCGGGUGUGCAACACGGCUCUUUGAAGCCCUGGAAGUGGGAGCUGUGCCCGUUGUCCUGGGGGAGCAGGUGCAGCUCCCGUACCAUGACUUGCUGGAGUGGAAUGAGGCUGCCCUGGUGGUGCCCAAGCCGCGUGUCACGGAGGUCCACUUCCUGUUACGAAGUCUUUCAGACAGUGACUUGUUGGCUAUGAGGCGGCAAGGCCGUUUUCUCUGGGAGACUUACUUCUCCACUGCUGACAGUAUUUUUAAUACCGUGCUGGCCAUGAUUAGGACUCGCAUCCAGAUCCCAGCUGCUCCCAUCCGGGAAGAGGUAGCAGCUGAGAUCCCCCAUCGUUCAGGAAAAGCAGCUGGCACUGACCCCAACAUGGCUGACAAUGGGGACCUGGACCUGGGGCCGGUAGAGACAGAACCGCCCUAUGCCUCACCUAAAUACCUCCGCAACUUCACUCUGACUGUCACAGACUGUUACCGUAGCUGGAACUCUGCCCCCGGACCUUUCCAUCUUUUCCCCCACACACCCUUUGACCCUGUGUUGCCCUCUGAGGCCAAAUUCCUGGGCUCAGGGACUGGGUUUCGGCCCAUCGGUGGUGGGGCUGGGGGCUCUGGGAAGGAGUUCCAGGCAGCACUUGGAGGCAACGUCCAGCGGGAGCAGUUCACAGUUGUGAUGUUGACUUAUGAGCGAGAGGAAGUGCUCAUGAACUCCCUGGAGAGGCUCAACGGCCUCCCCUACCUGAACAAGGUAGUGGUGGUGUGGAACUCUCCCAAGCUGCCCUCGGAGGACCUUUUGUGGCCAGACAUUGGUGUCCCCAUCAUGGUUGUUCGUACUGAGAAGAACAGUUUGAACAACCGAUUCUUGCCCUGGAAUGAGAUUGAGACAGAGGCCAUACUGUCCAUCGAUGACGAUGCUCAUCUCCGCCAUGAUGAAAUCAUGUUUGGGUUUCGGGUGUGGAGAGAGGCACGUGAUCGCAUUGUGGGUUUCCCGGGCCGGUACCACGCGUGGGACAUCCCUCACCAGUCCUGGCUCUACAACUCCAACUACUCCUGUGAGCUGUCCAUGGUGCUGACAGGCGCUGCCUUCUUUCACAAGUAUUAUGCCUACCUGUAUUCUUAUGUGAUGCCCCAGGCCAUCCGAGACAUGGUGGAUGAGUACAUCAACUGUGAGGAUAUCGCCAUGAACUUCCUUGUCUCCCACAUCACACGGAAGCCCCCCAUCAAGGUGACGUCCAGGUGGACUUUCCGAUGCCCAGGGUGCCCCCAGGCCCUGUCGCACGAUGACUCUCACUUUCACGAGCGGCACAAGUGCAUCAACUUCUUCGUCAAGGUGUAUGGUUACAUGCCCCUCUUGUACACACAGUUCAGGGUGGACUCUGUGCUCUUCAAGACCCGCCUGCCCCACGACAAGACCAAGUGCUUCAAGUUCAUCUAGGGCCUGGCCGGUUUGGAGGAGACAAUGAGCAGAGUGGGGGAGUCGCUCCCAAAGUUCCCAGGUGUUGAAGGACCUUGGGGACAUCUGUGGGGCAGGGCCCAGACCCUUUGCUGGAGGCCGCAGGGAAAGUGGAUAGGGGUAGCUGUCUUUAUUUUGAAGUCAGCCACACUGGUUCUGGGAUCCUGGUCAGCAGACUCAGGGCUUCUGCACAGGGCACUGACCGAUAGUGAACACUGAGGACUGUGAGGACUCUGGUGAGUCACUAGUUCACAAGCCCAGGACGGCUGGUUUGUGGUUUUUAAAUUUAGUAACAGCUAUUAUUAUUUAAAGAGGAAGUUUCACAUCUGCCAUUCAAGGCUUAUUUAUCUGUGUGCGUAUAUGUACACACACACGUGUAUAUACAUAUAUAUGCACACACACAACACACAUAUAUACAUACAUACAUGCAUACAUACAUAUGUACUUGGUGGGCUGAGGGUGCACCCGAAAUUUCUGCCAAUCUCUCCCAGGGAGGGACCCACCUGGCUAUGUAUUUAGUGGGAGAGGGUCCUGGCCCUGUUACCUGGACUGUCAGGCGCACCCCACCCCCCAGUGGCACUGGCUGCAGGAGAAGCCGGAUGAACUUGGCCUAGGCAAGGUCUGCUGAUGUACUCUGGCCCCAUUCCGCCGCCCCAGUGAUGCUCACUCAGCUUCUGCUGGAGGCUGCUCAGUGGGGACUGGCAUGUUCGGAGGCUUCAGGGAUUGGAACCAGGCAGCACCAAGGUGUCACUGGCUUAUUGAUGUCCUCCACUUCCUCUUGUGUUGGAGCUGGAAUGAGGAAGCAAACAGUGAGGCAGGGGUGACCCCUGUACUGCCCACCCUCCCGGGGACACUGGUGCGGGGCACUGGUGGCCGGUUCCUGUAGUGCUUGUUUCUCUCAGGAGACAACAGGAGAUUUGCAGGCUGGCUGGGAGCUUGUGUGCUGUAGACCAGCCCAUUUCCUUUGAGGAUUCCAGAGUCUUACUGCAAGGCACGUGCCUUGGAAUGAACGCCUGGGUGAAAUUCACUUCCCUGCGUCUGUCUGGACUUCCAUCCUGUGUUACGCCGUUUUAGACCCCCGAUUCUGUAUUGGCUGUAGGAAGCCCUCCCCUUCAAGGUCUGGGGUGUGCUAGAAGCUGGAGGUGGGAUUUGCUGGGUGAGUUCUGGGCCGGUCUUGGAAGUUACCAGGCUUUCGCUCCCACAUUACCACUGUCCAUUCGCUGUUUAUGGUUUUGCUGGAAGGGCUGAAAGUGAAAUACGCUAAUUUUGGGUGUGGUGGCACCGGUAGACAGCGCUGGUCAGGGAUUCAGCCUGUGGCCUGCCUCCCCACCCCGAGUGGUUAGGUGGAACCGAGUGUCUCCAGCUGCCGAGCCAGAGCUCAGGGCUGUCCUGGUCAUGCUCCUGCCUUAAGCCAGUUCCGUCUUCCUAGGCCCUGAUGUGUGCUGCUGCUGGGGCCCUCUCCUGCCUGCUGUGCUCACUUCUCUGUAGGACCCUCCUUCCGUAGGGCCACCCUUGGGCCGGCAGGACCAGGCUGCUGCAGAGCUUCCACUGGCAUCUUCUUUAACCUGACACCUAGGGCUGCCUGGGACAUUUGGUUCUUGGCAACUCAGCAAAGGGGUCUAGACUCCUUACCCCAACUCUCUGUCCUCUCACUAUUCCUUGUAGCAGUAGCCCUCUUCCCUCAGGGGAGCCAAAGAGUGUGGUGUUUUGCGCUAAAUAUGUGGCUGCUAUUUUAUCUUUUUUUUUUUUUUUCCUUCCCAGUAUUGGGGAUGGAAGUCAGAGCUGUGGGUGGGCAUCCCGACAAUCGCUCUGCCACAAGCCCCAACCCUAUCUGUCUUGUUUCUUUCAAUGUGAGAACUUGUAAAUUGAUGCUGUGGUACCCGCUGAGAAAGUCAGUCUCUAUGGCAGGACCACUUUUGUAGGGCACUGUGAAAGCUAUGGUUACUCAUGGGUGUCAUCCAAAUGUGUCUGAGGGAUAGUGAUGUCAGAGCGUGCUGUGGGGGGUGGCAUCCCUGGGCCUGGUGGGAAGACUAACUGAACAGCCCCAGCAGCAAGUCCUGUGUACCGAGGGUCUGUCAGAGGCAGAGCAGUGGGACCCUGCUGUUGAUUUGACUUGGGGUUCUAGGGGUCUUGCUUGGAAAUGAUCGCCCCACUGCGGAUGCGGGAGCCUGCCUGGUGUUUGCUGCUGCUCACCAUCGGUUACCUCCUCAUACAGACUCCUAACAGAGGUCACACCCAGCUACCUAGUCUCAGCUCCCAGGGCCAGGACAGCUUUGUUUUCCUGUUGCUCUUUAUCUUGAGGUCAAGGGCCACCCACAGAGUGACAGCCCCCUCCCCCCAGGUUGCCUCUAACCAGUGGCCCACCUAUAGUGCUCCUGUCUGGGGUGGCCUUGUUAGUGAACAUGGAGCAGGAGGGUGGGGCUGCCCGCGGUGGCUCUGGGAACAUAAUUUGUCCAUCUGUCUGCCCCUUUCAAACCAUGAGCACAAAGGUCUUACGUUGGAUUUUUGUAAAAAACAAAAUAAAUGGAGACUUUAACUCAA